CCUGACGGCGCGGGUUGAGAAGCGUUACACCGGUGGUUGUCGUGUUGUUGGAAAUUCGCCUUAUUUUUCUCUCAAAACUAAACUAAAUUAAUACAAACAUGUCCGGAAGGGAAGGUGGUAAAAAGAAGCCUCUCAAGGCCCCAAAGAAAACGACGAAAGAUAUGGAUGAAGAUGAACUGGCGUUCAAACAGAAGCAGAAAGAGGAGCAGAAGGCGAUGGAGGCAAUGAAGGCCAAAGCUUCAGGGAAAGGACCUUUGAGUGCCGGUGGCAUUAAGAAAUCGGGAAAGAAGUGAACUCCGUGGAUUUUUUUUUCUCAUUGUGUAACUUGUCCUCCUCAUCUUGAACCUGACCCCUGACUGGCCCCUAACGAAGCAAGAAGUGUGACCAAACACUGCAAAUUACGAACAUUACAUCAUUUAGUUGAUUUCUGGUGUAGUUUUAUUGUAAAGAGAAUGAAAUAAUAAAGAUUUUUUUGUAA